GGUAACUGAUUCUCUCUCUGAUCUAGUGGUGUAAGAUCCCUCCUGGUGAGAACGUGCCAAGCCUUUGCAACGACGUCUACGUUUUUUUUUUCUCAAAUUUUAUUUCAUACCCAAAGGAAAAAACAAAUCUAAAUAAAAACCAAUAAUAACCCAAGAAGAAAAAGAAGUCAAACUUUCAAACCCUUAAUACUUCUUCUUUAAAAGGGAUCAUCAACAUAACGUAAUGCUAAAAAAAAAAACAGAUAAAUAAAAGAAAGAUAAGUUCAUAAGGGUUUAAGGACAAGGAACAACAGGUGGUGUUCACUGGUAUAAAAAAUAUCAAACAACAUGUUGCUGUUGAUCAUAUUUCUUAUUGGUAGCGUUAAAUCAGGUGAAUUUGGUGUUGAAUUUGAAUUACCAGAAACACCAAAAGAAUCUGCAACAUUGCCACAAGAGGAAACUCAACCAGCCCCACUUCCUGGUUUACUUUAUCCUCGAGAGAGCGAAUCACGUGAGAUAAGAUCAUUAGAUGGUUUAUGGGAUUUUAUUGCAUCACCAGAAAACGAUAUUUUAAAAGGUUACACAGAAUUUUGGUACAUUGAUUCAUUAUCAAAGGCUGGUGAAUUGAUCAAAAUGCCAGUACCGUCUUCUUACAAUGAUAUAACAACUUCAAAAGAACUCAGGGAUCAUGUUGGUGCUGUUUGGUAUGAACGCAGUUUUUACGUACCCUGGUUUUGGCAAAAUCAAAGAGUUUUUUUAAGAUUUGGUUCAGUUCAUUAUUUAGCUCAAGUUUGGGUUAACAACGAAUUAGUGAUGGAACAUGAAAUAGGAAAUUUACCAUUUGAAGCAGACAUAUCUAAAUAUUUGAUAUUUGGCGGGAAAAAUCGUGUAACUGUUGCAGUUGAUAAUACUUUGCUUCAAACUAGUAUACCUCAAGGAAGAGUUAGUAACAUUGUCACUGAUAAUGGAACUAGACACUUUCAAAGUUAUACUUUUGAUUUUUUCAAUUAUGCUGGUAUUCAUAGAUCGGUAUUGUUAUACACAACACCACAAGUUUACAUUGAAGAUAUAACAGUGAGAACUGAAGUGGUGGGUGAUAUGGGUUUAAUAAAAUAUACCGUACAGGUAGGAGGUUUAAAUCAAGAUGAAAUACCAAUUUGUACUGUGACCUUGCAUGAUGCAGAAGAAAAGGUUGCAAUAAAGGAUCCAGGUAAUACACACUUAUCUGGUAUACUUAAAGUACCUAAAGCUAAACUUUGGUGGCCUCGAGGCAUGGAUUCUUCACCUGGAUAUCUUUACACUCUUGAGGUCAGAUUAUCGAUACAAAAUGGUGUUAGUUCAGAUGUUUAUAGAUUACCUAUAGGAAUUAGAACAGUGUCAUGGACAAAUACAAGUUUGUUAAUUAAUGGUAAAUCAGUGUACUUGAGAGGUUUUGGAAGACAUGAAGAUUCAAUUUUAAGAGGUCGUGGUUUCGAUUUGGUUACAAUGACCAGAGACUAUGAACUUUUACAAUGGGUUGGUGCUAAUUCUUAUAGGACUAGUCAUUAUCCUUACAGCGAAGAAGUUUUAGAUGCAGCUGACAGGCUUGGUUUUAUGAUCAUCGAUGAAUGCCCAUCAGUUGACACUGAAAACUUUUCACCAAUUUUACUUGCACGACACAAAACAUCUUUGUCAGAAUUAAUUAGAAGAGAUAAAAAUCAUCCUUCGGUUAUCAUGUGGUCUCUUGCUAAUGAACCAAGAACUCAACUACAAGGUGCUGAUGUUUAUUUCAAACAAAUUGCUGAUCAUACGAAAGCUUUAGAUCCUACUAGACCAGUUACAAUUGCAUUAGCUAGAAGUGUUCAGGAAGACAAAGUUGGUCAAUAUUUAGAUGUGAUUAGUUUUAAUCGUUACAAUUCAUGGUACGUUAAUCCUGGUAGAUUGGAUAUGAUUAUUGAUAGAGUUAUUACUGAAGCUGAAGCUUGGCAUAGAAAAUAUAACAAACCUGUACUUAUGUCCGAAUAUGGCGCUGAUACAUUGUCCGGUGAACAUGAGUUGCCAAAUUAUAUCUGGAGUGAAGAAUAUCAAACUGAAAUGUUUUCUCAUCAUUUUGAAGCGUUUGAUCGUUUAAGAAAUGAAGGUUUCUUCAUUGGUGAAUUUAUUUGGAAUUUUGCUGACUUUCGAACAGCUCAAAAUUUUUACAGAGUAGGAGGAAAUAAAAAAGGAAUAUUUACAAGAGAGAGACAACCAAAAAUGGCAGCUUAUCAUAUCAGAAAAAGAUACUGUGCAUUAGAAGCAGAAAUAGAUGGAACACAAUUACCACAAAAUCUUGAAUAUUAUGUUUCUAAUUCUUACAAUUCGCAUACAGAACUGUGAAUGUUAUUUUAUCUUUCUUUCAUUGUUUAUUUUCAUUUUUAUAAAAAAAGAAGAUUCAACAUUUGCAUAGUUUUAUUUUAUGUUUGUAAUUCUUUCUCAGAUUUGUUGAUAUAACUAUAUAUAUAUAUAUAUAAAAAUACAUAUUUAUAUGAUAUAUGAUGUACUAUAUAUCAUAUAAGUAUAAAAUUGAAUUAUUUAUUUAAAUGAAAGACACAUUCUAAAAAAGAAAUACAUGAGAACUAUCAUAACAAAUCAAGUUAUGAAUAAUUCAUUUUAUAAGCGUCAUCGUUUUUCUCUAAUAUACUUAAUCAUCUAACAAUUAUCAUAUAAUUGUGAAUUUUUUAAGCAACAACUAAGUUUCUUAUGUUUUUAUACAAAAAAAAAAUAAAUAAAAA